AUGGCUCGACAACCUCCUGGAAUUGAUCCACUCAUACCUCUCAUCGAACGACAGUCGCUGUGUCUCCCCAGCCUUUGCCCCGGUGUGCCUACGCAAUGUGGAGAAGAUGGCUUUCUUCAGAAUCUGGCGAGACACUUUCCCUCGGCGGAAAACAAUGCUGUGGAGAAGGUGGUGCAAUUGAAAAGGGAACUGAAGACGGUGGACUCGGAUACCUUCUGGAAAAAGCUCAUGGAGGGUAUGACCGAGAUAUGCCAUGCCCAGUACGGAUUUGUCGCGAAGCGAGUACUGGCCGAUGACCACCAUUCAGCAGUAGAGAUGCCCCCCUUUGGCGAGUCAGGCUCGUGCCUGCUGGGUGUUGCCUUCUACUACAACGACGGGGAUGAGCAGAAAGCCAUGCACCGAGACUACAACUAUCUUGCUUGGGGGUCUCCUUGUUCCUAUAUGAAGCAUGACAAGGUCUUCCUCAUUCCCGAACACAUGAGCUCUUUCAUCACGCACAAUCCAAACGCCCUACCGUCCCCAGCAGAAGGCUAUAUCGGCAUUCCGCUCUUCGCAGAUGGCAAGUGCUUCGCCCAUUUCGGUAUGAUGUGGACGCAGGAAGGCCUGGAUAGGCGCGAGACGACGUGGAGUUUCACGGAACUUCUAUUACAUUCCUUGGAAGAUGUCAUCGUCGAGCGUCUCUUGACCGGGCAGGGACUUGCCAAGUCUCGAACCCGCACCGCUGUUAAAACUCGACCGCCUCAUGUUAUUCCCUGUGACGCGAUUACGCCAGGGACCCAGUCGCUGAAGCCAUACGCCAAAAACUUGUCACAUGAACUAAGGACGCCAAUGCAGGGCGUCGUAGGAAUGUUAGAUGUCAUGCAUGCUACGGUGCAGGAACAGAUCGAGAGCGUUCCGGAUACUUCUGUCUGUCGACUGUUCCAGAGCCUGAGAGACAAUAUCGAAACCAUUCAGGACAGUGCCAAACGAGCGGUUGAGGCCGCCGACAACGUUGUCCAUGCGUACGACAUGAAUAUGCAAGUCCCAGAUACUCCUUCGAACGACAACGAGUCGCCAGCUGCUGCAUCCACCGGCUACUUCGAUUACAAACCAUCGCGCCUGAUCGAGGGCAGCGACAUCCAUCUCAAUACGUACAAGCGAAGACGAAGCAGUCCCACUUCAUGGCACUUCGGCAAUGCCACCAAGAUCCGGCAACUUGCACCAUCCAAGGGCAUUGAUGUGUCACCGAAGAGCAAUACGUUCAGAUGUCCUCCUCCCCAAUUACCCACACCGCAAACACUCGGUUCAGACACUCGCAUUCCGACCGUUUUCACACCAACGUCAGAGUUCAUUACCCCCGGAGAUCUAGACACACCUUCCACCAAGUUGUUAUCGUUGGAUAGCGAUACCUUACCAACGCCGGGGUUGAAACAUUGUAGAAUUCGAGAGCUAAUACCGACAGUUAUUUACGAGUCUCUGCGUGUGGGUGGCAGGCCGGAUUCUGCUAUCGGCGAACCCAUCGACUGUGGAGAACGGAUAGUGGUCAGGUCGCGAGCGUCGAAUGGCCAUACCUCGCAGAAGACGAUCGAAUGGUCCGUAGCGCCAGAUGUCCCGGAAACCCUCUACGCCGAUGAACGGGACUUGACCAAGUUGGUGUCAGCCAUCUGCCUCAACGCCAUUAAGUUUACAGAGGAGGGCUAUAUUAUCCUGCGUGCUCGACUCUCAAAAAGCCAGAGGUUUCUGGUCAUUAACUGCAAAGACACGGGCGAUGGCAUUCCAGUGGAUUUUCAACCGGAGUUGUUUAAACCAUUCUCGCGAGAGGACGAUUCUCUGACGCGGACCAAGGAAGGUCUUGGUUUAGGACUCUUGGUCGCCAAGGGUCUAGCACGACGACUUGGUGGUGAUAUUAUUCUCGUGGCAUCCGAUGUCUCGGGUCCGAACAAAGGCUCCGAAUUUGAGAUCAAAGUACCUUUUGAACCAAGCGAAAGUAACAACAGCCGGUCUGGUACCCCUUGCAGCCGGACCCCAGAAGCCUUGAAGGGCGUUUCUCAGCAAACGACCUCGCUGACAGUACCGGAGUCGUCACCCAGUGCGCCGGGGAGUCCCCGCCCACCACAGAUAUAUAUGCCCUCCGUUCAGGAGCACCCUACUUCGGGACCCCGCACUCCGGCACCGACCAGUCCUUUCAAGAGAGACCAGAUCGAUCGCUUUCUUGCACAGAAACAUCCCCUUACAUUCCUGGUUGCCGAAGACAACAAAAUCAACAGAAAGCUACUCGUCAAUAUGCUUGGGAAACUAGGAUACAAGGAUAUUCUUGAAGCAUUCGAUGGCAGGGAGGCCGUGAGGAUCAUGCGCGAACUGCAUAAGAUGGAGCGGGAUUGCGCCAAGUCGAAAGCGCAACGGCCUGCUAGGAAAGUGGACGUCAUACUGAUGGACCUUUGGAUGCCCGAGAUGGACGGGUAUCAGGCGACGGAGAACAUCAUGAAGAUGUUCCAGCAUCUUCCAGAUGCAGAUGCCUCCGACUCUAGCCACGUGGCUCCUCCCAUUGUGCUGGCUGUCAGCGCCGAUGUCACAGAUGAGGCCAUCGAUCGGGCGACCAAAACAGGCAUGGAAGGAUUCAUGACGAAGCCUUAUAAACUGGCCGAUUUGCAGAAACUGAUUGUUGAGUUUUGCGUCCGCAGCGAAGGCGUUGCUGCGACUGCGGCUUGA